GUCACUACUUCUACCGCACGGCAUUGCGUGGCUUGAACAUCAGCACCAUCGUCUGCCCUCUAUACUGUUGAAAGUACUACCGAGGACUGACAGCAUGCCUACCCAAGUCCGCAUCUUCAAUCGGCCCAGAUCCCUUGACGAGACCUUGGCAGAAUCCGUUUCGGCCUCAUCGGUCCCUCGGUCUCUCGCAGUCAUCCCGGAGCAAAGCCGAGAACUCCCCGCCCCGUCCAAGUCUCCCAAACCAGUACAUACCAACGGCGUUGGCAUUGGCAUUGGCGUUAACGGAACCAACGGCACUCAGCGCAGAGCCGGCGCCAACGGUACCCACGGUGUAACAAGGGACAACAAGAACACUUCUCGCAUGGCUGUCUAUGAUGACAAGCCAAUGGAGGAAGGCGUGACCUACGCCUCCCAGGAUAAGCUGCCGCAGUUGCCCAUUCCCGACCUCGAAUCCACCUGUCAGAAGUACCUAGCCGCCUUGAAGCCUCUCCAGACGGUGCGCGAGCAAGCCGAGACCAGACAUGCCGUGCAAGAGUUUCUCGAGCACGACGGCCCCGAGCUUCAGGAGAAGCUACAGCGGUAUGCCCAGUGCAAGACGAGCUACAUCGAGCAGUUCUGGUACGAUUCCUAUCUCAACUUCGACAACCCCGUCGUCCUCAACCUGAAUCCGUUCUUCUUGCUGGAAGACGACCCGACACCCGCACGAAACAACCAGGUCACGCGUGCCGCCUCCCUGGUCGUGUCUGCUUUGGAGUUUGUGAGGGCCGUCAGGAGAGAGGAGCUCCCGCCCGACACGGUCAAGGGCACCCCACUGUGCAUGUACCAGUUCUCUCGCCUGUUCGGCACUGCCCGCGUCCCGACCGAAGACGGCUGCCAGAUCGUGCAGGACCCCGAGGCCAAGCACAUCGUUGUGAUGUGCCAUGGCCAGCUGUACUGGUUUGACGUCCUAGACGAUAACUCGGACCUCAUCAUGACCGAGAGGGACAUCUGCGUCAACCUGCAAACCAUCAUCGACGAUGCCGCCCAGACCCCCAUACAAGAAGCGGCCAAGGAGGCACUCGGCGUCCUGAGCACGGAAAAUCGAAAAGUCUGGUCGGGACUCCGGGAUGUCCUCACGCGGGAGGAAGGGUCGAACAACGCCGACAGCCUCAACAUUGUCGACUCGGCCCUGUUCGUCCUCUGCCUGGACUACACCGAGCCCGCUGACGUGGAUGCCCUGUGCGGCAACAUGCUCUGCGGCACCAGCCACGUCGAGAGAGGGGUCCAGAUCGGUACCUGCACGAACCGGUGGUACGACAAGCUGCAGAUCAUUGUGUGCAAGAACGGCAGUGCGGGCAUCAACUUUGAGCAUACCGGCGUCGACGGCCACACCGUCCUUCGGUUCGCCAGUGACCUCUACACCGACACCAUACUCCGCUUCGCACGGACCAUCAACGGCCAAGCCCCGACCUUGUGGGCGUCGGCCAGUCCGGACCCGUCCAAGCGGGACCCGGCGAGCUUCGGCGACGUGCACACCACGCCUCACAAGCUCGAAUGGGACAUGGGGCCCGAGCUCAACAUCGCCGUCCGCUUCGCCGAGACCAGGUUGGCCGACCUGAUCGAACAGAACGAGUUCCGCACGCUCGAUUUCAAGCACUACGGGAAGAACUUGAUCACCUCGACCGGGUUUUCGCCCGACGCCUUCGUGCAGAUGGCCUUCCAGGCUGCAUACUACGGGCUGUACGGUCGUGUCGAGUGCACGUACGAGCCGGCCAUGACCAAGACCUUCUUCCACGGCCGCACCGAAGCGAUCCGCACCGUUUCGGAGGAGUCGGUCGAUUUCGUACAGACCUUCUGGGCCGACAACCCGGUCGAGCAGAAGGUCGAGGCGCUGAGGCGGGCCUGCCAGAAGCAUGUCAACAGGACCCGGGAAUGCGCCAAGGCCCAGGGUUGCGACCGCCACCUCUACGCGCUCUUCUGCGUCUGGCAAAAGUCGGUGGACGAUGAGCUGGCCAGCGGCUUCGGUUCCAACGGCUACUCCAGUUCCGCCGACGGCUACUACUCGGAAAGGGACCCGGAGUCUGUCGUGGGGAGCCCGAGCAGAGACUCGGAGAUAUCCCUCGAGGGCAUGGACGGAGGGGAGGAACAAGAACGACGACGACAACAACAACAACAACAACAACAACAACAACAACGACAACGACAACAACAACAGCAGCAGCAGCAGCAGCAGCAGCAGCAGCAGCAGCAGCAGCAGCAACAGCAACAGCAACAACAACGGGUCACGACCACCUCCGGCCGGGUCCGCGGGGACAGCACCACCUCCCGCAGCCGCAGCGUCCCGCUCCCGCACCUCUUCGCCGACCCGGGCUGGGACAAGCUCAACAACACGAUCCUCUCGACUUCGAACUGCGGGAACCCGUGCCUCCGCCAUUUCGGCUUCGGCCCGACCUCGGCCGACGGUUUCGGCAUCGGCUACAUCAUCAAGGACGAGAGCAUCAGCAUCUGCGUCUCCAGCAAGCACCGCCAGACCAAGCGCUUCGUCGACACCCUCGAGAGCUACCUCCUCGAGGUGCGCCGCAUCAUCCGCAUCACCACCCGCCGCGGUUCGGGUCCCGAGACCUCGGUCGGCGCCAGGUAUAGUCGCGCCCGCGAGCUCGAGGCGUCGUCGGAGCGGCCCAAGACCACUGUCGCGCAUCGCCUCAAGUCCCGCGGUCGGCUCAUCACCACCGACGGCAUCAGGCCUAGCCUCAACCGGACUUCGACGGGGACGCUGUCCCCGACCGAGGAGAGCCUCACGAUGAGCGACGACGAGUUGGGCGGAUACGGGUUCUUCGACGCCGGUAUGCUCCUGCAGGCCCUCAAAGCCCGUGGUCAGGCUUUCGACCCGAAUGAGACGCGGGCUUCGGAGCGUGCAGCGGCGCAGCAGGCUCGCCGUAGGGAGGUGGGCAAGAAGCUUCGGCUGAUUGACUACUAGUCUGCACCCACUACACGUUUCCGAAUUGUCGCGUCAGUAUUUGAAGCUCCUGUGCAUUUGCAUCUUCCGCACCACCCACCCACCACCUGCAUAGGGAGCGUGCCUAUUCAUUGCCUUUCGGAUUGUCUUUAUCU